AAGUCCCAAAAUGGCGAUGCCUACGCUCUAGAACUAGAUUGUCCGAACUUCAUCUCUUCUCUGGCUCCAUUUCUCCCACCUCAAGGCAGCUGGCUGCCACCGGCCGCACCUCCUCAGAGUAAAGUCAUGAAGGUGGUGAACCUGAAGCAAGCCAUUUUGCAAGCCUGGAAGGAGCGAUGGAGUGACUACCAAUGGGCAAUCAACAUGAAGAAAUUUUUUCCCAAAGGAGCCACCUGGGACAUUCUCAAUCUGGCAGAUGCACUACUGGAGCAGGCCAUGAUUGGACCUUCCCCCAAUCCUCUCAUCCUGUCCUACCUGAAGUAUGCCAUUAGUUCCCAGAUGGUGUCCUACUCUUCUGUCCUCACAGCUAUUAGUAAGUUUGAUGACUUUUCCCGGGACCUGUGUAUUCAGGCUUUGCUGGAUAUCAUGGACAUGUUUUGUGACCGUCUGAGCUGCCACGGCAAAGCAGAGGAGUGCAUCGGGCUGUGCCGAGCCCUUCUCAGCGCCCUCCACUGGCUGCUGCGCUGCACGGCAGCCUCUGCAGAGCGGCUCCGGGAGGGGCUGGAGGCCGGCGCCCCAGCCGCAGGGGAGAAGCAGCUUGCCAUGUGCCUGCAGCGGCUGGAGAAGACCCUCAGCAGCACCAAGAACCGGGCCCUGCUGCACAUCGCCAAGCUAGAAGAGGCCUCAUUGCACACAUCCCAGGGACUUGGGCAGGGUGGCACCCGAGCCAAUCAACCAACAGCCUCCUGGACUGCCAUGGAGCACUCUCUCUUGAAGCUUGGGGAGAUCCUGGCCAACCUCAGCGACCCCCAGCUCCGGAGCCAGGCUGAGCAUUGUGGCAGCCUCAUUAGGAGCAUCCCCACAAUGCUGUCUGUGCACUCGGAGCAGCUGCACAAGACUGGCUUCCCCACCGUCCACGCGCUGGUCCUGCUCGAGGGUACCAUGAACCUGACAGGCGAGACGCAGCCCCUGGUGGAACAGCUGAUGAUGGUGAAGCGCAUGCAGCACAUCCCCACCCCGCUCUUUGUCCUGGAGAUCUGGAAAGCUUGCUUCGUGGGGAUCAUCGAGUCUCCCGAGGGGACGGAGGAGCUCAAGUGGACAGCUUUCACCUUCCUCAAGAUUCCACAGGUUUUGGUGAAGUUGAAGAAGUACUCUCACGGGGACAGGGACUUCACUGAGGAUGUCAACUGUGCUUUUGAGUUCCUGCUGAAGCUCACACCCUUGUUGGACAAAGCUGACCAGCACUGCAACUGUGACUGUGCAAACUUCCUCCUCCAAGAAUGUAGCAAGCAGGGGCUUCUGUCUGAAGCCAGUGUCAACAACCUCAUGGCUAAGCGCGCAUUAGACCGGGAGCACGCACCCCAGCUGAAAUCAGGAGAAAACGCCAACAUCCAGCCCAACCCUGGCCUAAUCCUCCGGGCGGAGCCCACUGUCACAAACAUUCUCAAGUGUUCCUCAGGACUUGAUUUCCUGUCCUGUCCCCAGACGAUGGAUGCAGACCACUCCAAGUCCCCGGAGGGACUGCUUGGGGUCCUGGGCCACAUGCUGUCUGGGAAGAGUCUGGAUUUGCUGCUGGCUGCUGCUGCCGCCACGGGAAAGCUUAAAUCAUUCGCCCGGAAAUUCAUCAAUUUGAAUGAGUUCACGACCCAUGGCAGCGAAGACAACCCCAAAGCAGCCUCAGUUCGUGCCUUGCUCUUUGACAUCUCUUUCCUCAUGUUGUGCUACGUGGCCCAGACCUACGGUUCAGAGGUGAUUUUGUCCGAGUCACGCACAGGAGCAGAGGUGCCCUUUUUUGAGACCUGGAUGCAGACCUGCAUGCCCGAGGAGGGCAAGAUCCUGAACCCUGACCACCCCUGCUUCCGGCCAGACUCCACCAAAGUGGAGUCCCUGGUGGCCCUGCUCAACAACUCCUCAGAGAUGAAGCUGGUGCAGAUGAAGUGGCACGAAGCCUGCCUCAGCAUUUCAGCUGCCAUCUUGGAAAUCCUCAACGCCUGGGAGAAUGGGGUGCUGGCCUUCGAGUCCAUCCAGAAAAUCACUGAUAACAUCAAGGGAAAGGUAUGCAGUCUGGCAGUGUGUGCUGUGGCUUGGCUCGUGGCCCACGUCCGGAUGCUGGGGCUGGAUGAGCGUGAGAAGUCACUGCAGAUGAUCCGCCAGCUGGCAGGGCCGCUGUGUAGUGAGAACACCCUUCAGUUCUACAAUGAGAGGGUGGUGAUCAUGAGCUCCAUCCUGGAGCACAUGUGUGCUGACGUGCUACAGCAGACAGCCACGCAGAUCAAGUUCCCCUCCACGGGGGUGGACACGAUGCCCUACUGGAACUUGCUGCCCCCCAAGCGACCCAUCAAGGAGGUGCUGACGGACAUCUUUGCCAAGGUGCUGGAGAAGGGCUGGGUGGACAGCCGCUCCAUCCACAUCUUUGACACCCUGCUGCACAUGGGCGGCGUCUACUGGUUCUGCAACAACCUGAUUAAGGAGCUGCUCAAGGAGACACGGAAGGAGCACACUCUGCGUGCGGUGGAGCUGCUCUACUCCAUCUUCUGCCUGGACAUGCCGCAAGUCACCCUGGUCCUGCUGGGCCACAUCCUGCCUGGCCUGCUCACCGACUCCUCCAAGUGGCACAGUCUCAUGGACCCACCGGGCACUGCGCUUGCCAAGCUGGCUGUGUGGUGUGCCCUGAGCUCUUACUCCUCCCACAAGGGACAGGCGUCCACCCGCCAGAAGAAGAGACACCGCGAGGACAUCGAGGAUUACAUCAGCCUCUUCCCCUUGGACGACACGCAGCCGUCCAAGCUGAUGCGACUGCUGAGCUCCAACGAGGAUGACACCAACGUCCUUUCAAGUCCCACCGACCGCUCCAUGAGCAGCUCCCUCUCGGCCUCCCAGCUCCACACGGUCAACAUGAGGGACCCUCUGAACCGAGUCCUGGCCAACCUGUUCCUGCUCAUCUCCUCCAUCCUGGGCUCGCGCACGGCCGGCCCGCACACGCAGUUCGUGCAGUGGUUCAUGGAGGAGUGUGUGGACUGCCUGGAGCAGGGCAGCCGCGGCAGCAUCCUGCAGUUCAUGCCCUUCACCACCGUGUCAGAACUAGUGAAGGUGUCGGCCAUGUCCAGCCCCAAGGUGGUUCUGGCCAUCACGGACCUCAGCCUGCCCCAGGGCCGCCAGGUGGCUGCCAAGGCCAUUGCUGCCCUCUGAGGGGUGGCCAGGGAGGGUCCCGGUCCCCGGCGCCUAUGAAGGGAGCAGUGAGGAAAGAUGAGACAUCGUUGCUCACAUCCACAUGAUGCAAGAGCCCUUCGUCAGUGUCCACGUUUCCCCUGCUCCUGACUUCUGACCUCCGAGACAGCUUCCGGUCCCUUCUUUUGUAAUCCCCUGUCCCCUUCGCUGGUACCUGGAGUGUGAGCAGCCCGGUUCCCAGCGGUCACCCCUGCUCCAGGUGGGGAUGCUCCUCUGAGGCGCCGUGUGGAUGCACAGUACGUGUGUGUAGAUACAUGUUUUCCUAACACUUGAGGGGAAGUCCACCCCCGUUCACUUGUAAAUAAAGAUCCUCGUGGAUCCCUUUGUGACGAA